AUGUCAAAAAGAUUGAAAUCAUCGUCACCACUCACCAGGACUAAGAUUGAUGAUCUCCCGGAGGUUUUAUUGGUUGAUAUUCUGUGUCGGAUUCCCAGCAGACUCAUAUUCCUAUGCAAGCUUGUGUCCAAGCCUUGGUACAGUCUCAUAUCUACUCCUCAGUUUGUUGACCGCUAUCUAUGCGGUCAACGUCAAUUGCAAAAACCUGAUCUUUUAACAACUCUGGUUGUAUUCGAUAUAGUCCCCCCAGCAAUAUCUUUGAUCAUAACGUCGGAUCAUCCGGCCUUCAAAACAAGAGCGAGAAAUUUCAGUCUUAAUUUCCUCCCAUGUUAUCACCAAGCCAGAGGCAUAAAAAAGCUAGCAAAAGGGCACAUCCUGAAGGGUAUGCUCAAACCAGGUUCUGUUGUACCACCAGUUGUUGUAGGCACGUAUAAUGACUUGGUUUUAUGCUGCGCAACCAUGAAUUAUCAACGGCAUUACUACCUCUGCAAUCCAUACACCAAACAAUGGGUUGCUCUCCCUUCCACCCCUCGCGUCUACCGCAACGUGCUUGUAGGCUUUGUCUGUGAUCCAUAUUUAACGUACUCGAAUGACGAUGAUCAUAAUGGAGAAAAAGAACAAAGGAUGACUAGUAGCAGUUCUGUAAUCCGUAAUGCUGAUUAUAAGUGGAAGGUUGUACGAGUAGUUCCGAAUCCAUCAUAUCCGUACUUCCAUUUUGAGAUCUUCUCUUCUGAGACCCGUCAAUGGAGAGAGAUAUUUGUAGGUACAUAUGCCCGCAUAAGGAUAAUCAGCAGCACCUCUUCGUCAUUUUCACUUGCUUCUGACGAUUGGACAACAAUGUCUUCUGUAGCUUACAAAGGAAUGUUGUACUGGUGGUGCAAAAAUGGCCGAACACUUGAGUUGGAUGUGUCCAGUUCCAACACAGCUAAGUACCGUUUUAUUGCGCCGCCUGAGGAGUUGGAAAGUGAUUUUGAAAGUGUAAAUGGGAUAGGGUCGCUAGGAGUGAGCGGAGGACGUCUGCAUUUGUGCAUGCAUGAAAAAUUCUCUGGAGAUCAAGGUGAGGUUAAGCAGGCAUUUCAGGUUUGGGAGUUGAAACAGGUUGUCAACGGCAGAUGGUUAGCAGACCGUGUUACUAUAGCUUCCAAAGAUAUUGAGGUCUGCUAUCCAAAUAUUAGAGUGCUAGCUUUCCACCCAAACAAUGAAGAUGUCCUAUAUUUUAGAAAAGGCUUUGAAAUAGUGACAUGCAACCUAAAUGGAGGAAAGUUAGAGAAAACUUCAGAGAGUCCAGUGAAGGGAAUCGAGAGGAGAUUCUACUACUCGUUUUCUCUCCCAUGGUUGCCUACCCCGGUUCCCAAGAGACUCUAG